AAUAACUUUAUGGCUAAUAUUAUUCUUGCUGGUAGCCGCGUACAUAACUAUAUAUAUACACAUAGUUAUCAGGAGACUAUGCAUGCUGUUAACCCUAUCAUAAGCGAGAAGAAAAUUACAUACUUCAUAGAUUAGUUAUCUUGAUUAGAGAAGAGAAAUGGAAAUCUUAAACAAUGGUGUAUCUGAGUUGGAAUAUGAUCGAGUGAAAGAGCUUACGGCUUUUGAGGACACCAAGCUUGGUGUCCAAGGACUAGUAGAUUCUGGGGUAGUGACCAUCCCUAAAAUGUUCCGGCGAUCAAAAUCAAACGAUGAGCUUGCAGAUCACCCCCGGACCCACAUUGGACUGCCGGUGAUUGAUCUUGACGGCCUUCUCACUGAUCGACGCCACAACAUUGUUGAUCAAGUUCGAAGUGCAUCCGAGGAGUGGGGCUUUUUUCAAGUUGUGAACCAUGGAAUACCCAUUAGCGUAUUGGAUAAUAUGAUAAAAGGGGUUCGCAGGUUUAAUGAACAAGAUAUUGAUGUGAAAAAACAAUUUUAUUCACGUGAUCGAGCAAGAAGAGUGAGAUUUAACAGCAAUUAUGAUUUGUUUAAAUCUCAAAGGGCUGACUGGAGGGACACAUUGUCUGUGUCUAUGCUCACUUCUGAUCACGUUGACCCCAAUGAAUUGCCUGAUGCAUGCCGACAUGAAGCAAUUGAAUUCAUAAAGGAAAUUACAAAGGUAGGAGACACACUUCUCGAGUUGUUGUCUGAGGGUCUUGGUCUCAAAUCAGACCACCUGAUAUCCAUGGAAUGUAACAAAGGGCGCACCCUUGUGUGCCACUACUACCCUGCAUGCCCUGAGCCACAGUUAGCCAUGGGAGUCACCAAGCACACAGACAAUACUUUUCUCACCGUUCUCGCCGAAGAUCAAACAGGCGGCCUCCAAGUGUUACAUGAAAAUCGAUGGGUUGAUGUUCAGCCCAUUGCAGGAAGCUUAGUGGUCAACAUUGGGGAUCUUCUCCAGAUUAUAUCAAAUGACAAGUUCAAAAGCAAUGUGCACAGAGUGUUCCCAAGCCGUAAAUCAAGAGUUUCUGCAAUAUGCUUUUUCGCGGGACGAUUUGCUCCACCGGCAAGGCUGUAUGGUCCCAUUAAGGAGUUGAUAUCUGAAGAAAAUCCUGCUAAGUAUAAAGAGGUACUAGUGAGUGAAUAUGUUGGUAGGUUUUAUUCCAAAGGACUCCAUGAGAAGCCCAGUCCUGCCGAUUAUAGGCUAUGAAUUCAUGCAAUUACAAUAAAUCUAUAACUUCAUACUAAUAAUAACAAUAAAUGAAGAAA